AUGAUUGAAGAUGCCUCUGAUGGUGUUAUGGUUGAGAAGAUUGAUGAUGUUAAAACUCCUUUGGCAGCAUUCCAUGCUCGAUUGAUGAAAGCUGGCCUGAUUGAUGUUUGUCAUGACAGCUGUGAAGAGUGUGCCACAUACCCAAGGGGGUGUCAGAUGGUACGUGAUAAUAUUCAAGACUUGAUGAAAAAAGGAGUGCUUCAAAUCUCCGGUGUUGCAAAGAAUGAAGAUGUGUCAGUAAUUGAACCUUGUUUCAAUUUACCUGAACCGAUUGAAAUACCUUACUAUAGUACGAGAAUGGUGCCUAUGAAUAGUCAUCUGUCACCUGUUUUGAUCUUACCAUCCAAGGAAUCUACAGUUAUAGCUCCUGCUAAAGAACCCAAAGUGGUCCAACCUGAAGAUGUUGUUGAAUUCCUAAAGUUGAUAAAGAGAAGUGAUUACAAAGUUGUGGAUCAGCUGCAUCAGCCACCAUCUAAGAUUUCUAUUUUGUCUCUGCUAUUGAACUCCCAAGCCCAUAAGGAGGCUUUGUUAAAGGUGCUUGCCCAAGCUCAUGUAACACAAAACAUAACAGUAGACCAGUUUGAUGGGGUGGUUGCGAACAUCACAACUUGCAAUACUUUAAGCUUUAGUGGAAAGGAAUUACCUAAAGAUGGACAAAAUCACAAUCGUGCUCUUCAUAUCUCAGUGAAGUGCAAAGAUUAUGCUUUGGCAAGAGUCUUGGUUGAUACCGAAUCUUCUUUGAAUUUGAAAGCUUUUGAUGGUUCCCGGAGAAUCGUGAUUGGAGAGGUAGAACUGCCCAUAUUGAUUUGCCCUCAUAUAUUUCCAAUUAAUUUCCAAGUCAUGGAUAUUAAUCCGGCGUAUAGCUGCUUAUUGAUGCAUCCAUGGAUUCAUGCUGCAGGGGCAAUUAGCUCCACUUUACAUCAGAAAAUGAAGUUUGUAGUGGACAAUCAACUAAUCAUCAUUUCUGGAGAGGAUGACUUUAUGGUCAGUCACCUUUCAUCCUUCAGGUAUAUUGAGGUUGAUGAGGACGCUUUGGAAACUUGUUUCCAAACUCUUGAAAUAGCCAAUGCCAUUUUUGUGGAGAUGAAGGACCCUAUUGGGAAAGCUUGUUCAUCUUUCGCUUCUUUGAAAAGCGUAAAGUCUAGCAUUGAAGGAGGAAACCCUGAAGGUUGGGCUCAACCUAUUGAUGUUCGUGAGAAGCAUGAUCGUUCGGUCUGGGAUAUGUGUCUUCCGCUGUGA